GUGGUGGGGCGAUUGGCAGAGACUGAGACUGGUUGACAAGAUAGGCAGUUCCAGGAAAGGGGCAGAAAAGUGUCAGAAAGUUAAUGCGGAAGACGGAGAGAGGGGCUUCAACUCAGCAAGCAGAAACUCUGCGCGCUCGAAGGCGGUCGCGGUGGUCGCGGAAGAAACGGCGCCUAGACGCUGGCUUCCCAUGGAAGCGACUGAGCUGGGCCCGGGGUUGGUGGAGCGUCUGGAGCAGCUGGCGACGUGCCCGCUAUGCGGAGGGCCCUUUGAGGACCCAGUGCUCCUGGCGUGUGAGCACAGCUUCUGCCGCGCGUGCCUGGCCCGCCGCUGGGGGACCCCGCCGAAGACCAGCACAGAGGCGUCCCCCACCGCUUGCCCCUGCUGCGGCCUGCCGUGCCCCCGCCGCAGCCUGAGGUCUAACGUGCGGCUGGCGGUGGAGGUGCGGAUCAGCCGCGGACUGCGAGAGAAGCUGGCUGAACCAGGGGCCCGCACUGGGAGACGCCGAGGGGGCCGCAUUCCUACCAUGGGCAGCCUGGACCCGCUAGGAGAGGAUAUGAAGAAGACAUGGAAAAGAUUGGAUGCCCCAACACCCAAGUCAUCAAAUUCAGAGGACGAUCUCUCUGAAGAUUACCCAGUGGUCAAAAAUAUGCUUCACAGACUGACAGCCGACCUAACCUUGGACCCUGGCACCGCACACCCCCGCCUGCUCAUCUCUGCCGACUGCCGCAGCGUCCGACUGGCCCCACCAGAGACACCUGUGCCCUCUGACAGCCCAGAUCGCUUCGAUCAGCUCCCAGCUGUGCUGGGCGCACAGGGCUUCCGGGCUGGCCGCCACUGCUGGGAGGUGGAGACUGUGGGUGCUGCCUCCUGCGGAGACUCUUCUGAGAAUGAGGACGACUGGGAGAGUCACUAUGCCUUGGGCGCGGCUGGAGAGUCCGUGCGACGAAAGGGCCGUGUAGGGCUGUGCCCCGCGGGCGCCGUGUGGGCCUUGGAGGGCCGCGGCGGCCGCUUGUGGGCACUCACGGCACCAGAACUCACCCCGCUGGGGGGCGCCGGGCCCCCACCACGGCGGAUUCGCGUGGACUUGGACUGGGAGCGAGGCCGAGUGGCUUUCUACGAUGGCCACUCGCUUGACCUGCUCUUCGCCUUCCAGGCGCCUGGUCCCCUGGGGGAGCGCGUCUUCCCGCUGCUCUGCAUCCGAGACCCCCGUGCCCGGCUGCGCAUCGUGCCAGCCGAAGGCUGAGAACAUUGCCUACAACUUCUUUCUCGUUUGGCUCACAGUGAGGCUGCUUCCUUUUGGUAUCGGAAAUCCCUACUCAUUCCAGGGAUCAUGUACAAGCCAGCAGCCAGAGCAUUGAUAAGUACACCCCACCCACCUACAUUGUCUCUUUCCUCCCAAAUAGGAAGACCGCAACUGGCCUCCAGUUUCCACAUCCACUCCCAAAGCCGAAUCCAUUCCGGCUCCUCCCUCUUGGGAGCUGCUCCCCAGCUACCCCAGAACCUCCUAACUGUUCCAGGUCUGAGUUGGAAAACAGGCUGUGCCCCACUGGAAUUGGCAAAUUGCCCAUGUAUACUACACAGAGUCCCUGCUAGUCAAAUAUUUACCUCCUACUCUGCUUCUCCUAGUCUCAAAGAAGGGUCCAGAGCCUUCCCCACAGGGCUUUUGGCCCUGUCCACUCUCAUGUUGCUGGAGAAACAAGGCCCUUCUCCUAAAAAACAAGAGGCCUGACUCUGGCCUGGGCCUUGGGGCUCUCUAAGAAAGUUAAUAUCAUUUUUGUUUUGGAGGAAUGAGGAUCCUACCCCACUGUGACUGCUUUUCAUGUUCACAGUCUUUUCCCAUUAAGAACUUUCUUUAAACUACCUGCUGCACAUACUCACAGUAAGGAACCAGUGGUGCUACCUUUUCUCAACCUGGGCCCAGGCACCCCAAAUUCAUCCUUGUGUAUAGUCUCACAUCUUUCCCCAUAUGUAUAAAUGGGCCCGUAUUUAACACGUUUUGUGAUGUUGGGUUAUUUAUUUUGUACAUCUGUGGCAAUAAAUGAGAUCUCCAAGGUGGUAUGGA